ACACACAGUAAAACUAAAUAAAAUUGGCUGGAAAAAUGUCACUCAAUUGCUGGACGUAGCAAAAAGAUGCUGUGGCAAUCGCACCUCCCAUGGCUGGGCACUCUUCUGUUACUCGUCUUUGUACGGGCCCAAGUGGCACCUAACUCUCUGACAAGCGCCAUGCCGCUAAUACAAGCUAGAAACGUUAAAGGGCGAACCGGUGGCGAUGCCAUUGCUGAGCUGGAGAUCGGUCCGCAUUCUAAUCCCCUGUCACUUGUGAAAAUCUUCAAUCCCGAUGCGCUGCGUGCCAGGACGGCACUUGCCCCAGCCAUAACGCUGGAGCUAAAGGGCAUGCGUCUGCUCCUCCGAACCAAUGAAGGAACGAUCAAGAAAGUGGGCUCAUGAAUGUACAUUGUACAUAUGGAAUAACAAUUGCUCUGGUUGUAAAGGCUCCAAAUGCACCGUUAGUAAAAGUUCA